GCAUUGAUUAAAGCAGCAGCAACCAAUAAUCCGCCAGUUGCUAAAUUAGGGCGACCUUCAACUAAAAACACAAAUUCCUCACGUUCAAGCAAAAAAUACAAGCCUUCAAGAGUUCAUAAGCCUAAAUACAAGUGCCAUUCCUCCAUAGUACAUAGUGAAUCGUCAAUAAAGGAUAUAGAACCCAAGAUAUUUAAGCUAAAAUUGCCUCAGACUAAAAGUCAGAAAAUGGGUGAUACUGUGCCACGAUUUACAAAACUCCCGCGAACAUGGUGGUUAAGUUAUUACCCUCCUCGUUUCUUGACCUUGUUUCUACUGGGUUCAAUCGCGUCUUUUAUGGUCGACCACCUGCUUACUCAAAACCAUAUAACAGAAUACCCAAAGGACACCCCAAAGCUCAUUGACACAGCAGCUUGGAUUCCCCCCACAUGCGGCUUGUCAGCAAUACUAAUAGGUUCCUUAUUUCCACUGGUAGACUAUUGGCUUAGGAUAAAACCACAAGAAUUUCAAAGAGAAUGGAGUAAUGUCAUGAGGUGCAUGGGGGGUUUUAUUGGAAUUGCAUAUGCUGCUACGAAACUAUCGUGGAAUAGUGAUUAUCAAGUUUCUUGUACAUUGGCUCUAAUAUCAAUAGCACUAUGGUUCCUGUUUGAUCGGACGUUACACGGAUUCGCAAUGUCCGUCGUAUUUUCGUCAAUAGGAACAGUUGUCAU